UCUAUUAAAUUAUGAAUGAAAAUUUGUAGAUUUUGUAUGUAAACGCAUUUACAAAGUUAUAACAAAUUGUUCCAGUACCCACCGCGGGGUUUUUAUAAAAGUAUUGUCAUUCAAACUGAGUGUUAUGUAUGAACGCGGACAAAAUAAUCACGAUGUGUUCAAAAAGUAAUGUUUAAUUGUUAUUGUAUUAGAAUUUAGAUGGUUGUUGAAUAUAGUCUUCCGUGUAGUAUCACAUAUCUUCAAGCUUGUUGUCUGUUCUAAAAAAGGUUGUGCUAAAUAAAAUUGAAGAAAUUACGUUUACACUAAAAGAAUACCUAAUGAGGUAUAAGAGACGCACGUCGCAGGCCUCGCGGUCGCGGCACUCAGACAAAAAGUAUACAAUACAAUUGGAUCUGGACUACUUGGAGCGCGGUGGAGGCGGUACCCUGACGGUGGGCGGGGCUCCCAGUGUGGAGCCCAGUCCUGACAGCCUCGAUCUCAUCAAAGUCGUGCUCUUGGGAGCGCCAGCAGUCGGGAAAACAAGUAUUAUUCAGCAAUUCGUGUGGAGCGAUUUCUCAGAAGAAUAUGUGCCGACCGAUCGCAAACAUACAUUCUAUCCUUCGGUGAUCAUCAACGAACAUUUAUAUGAAGUGAAGAUUACCGACGUUCCAGUAAUUCCAUAUUUUCCCAUCAACUCUUAUUACGAAUGGGCGCAUUAUAGGUUUUACGGGCUGAGAAACGCAACGGCCUAUAUCCUAGUCUUCGAUUUGUCCAACGUUGAGACUUUUCAAUACAUAAGAACAUUAAGAGAUCAAAUGGUAGAAAGUAGAGAUAUGAGAAAUGUUCCAGUGCUAGUUGUCGGAAAUAAACAGGACUUGCUCUGUAGUAAUACACCGUCUGCGGCUAGCGGCUUACAGCAGCUGGCGAUUGCUGAAAGCGCUUGCGGGGACUCGAGAGAGAAACGUCGUAAUAUAGUGAAUUUAGUUCGUAAGCAUUGGAAGUGCGGUUAUGUCGAGUGUUCAGCGAAGUACAAUUGGAGGGUGAUUGCUGUGUUUAAAGAGCUAAUGGAAAUGAUAGAUGCUCUAGAAUGGAGCGGAGGUGGGAAGACUUCGGAACCAAUGCCUGAUUCGUCCGCCGGUGGUGGAGGGGGGUCCCACGAGAAUCGUUGUGUUGUUGCUUAGCACUGCUAGAUUAUGAAUUAGGAAACAUAAAACAUAUAUAGAUGUGUGUUUCAUUAUGUUAUUUAAAAGACGUUUAUUUUUUUAUAUUUUGUAGGCUUAGGUAGUAUCUUUUGGCUAUAUAUUUGAAGACUUACAUAGCAUUUUUUUAAAUGAAAAUAAGUUGUUAAUUCCACAAAAGUAUGUGUGAAAUAGAAUAUACUAUAUAUUCAAGUAGUCAAUAAAACGAAUGUUACAUAUUGUUAUGUCAUGUAAUAUCUAUAAACAAUAACUGACAUUAUUUUC